AUGGACCCCGGGGUCUCGGGCAGCAACACGCUCGACGAGGACGAGACGCUAGGUGCUACAGAGAGCCGACCAAGAUCGGCACCAAACUCCUUCACAAAGCCGACCCUGAUCGACACAAAACACCUUCACAAAGUCGACCAAGAUCGGCACCAAACUCCUUCACAAAGCCGACCAAGAUCGGCACCAAACUCCUUCACAAAGCCGACCCUGAUUGACACAAAACUCCUUCACAAAGUCGACCAAGAUCGGCACCAAACUCCUUCGCAAAACCGACCAAGAUCGGCACCAAACUCCUUCACAAAGCCGACCAAGAUCGGCACCAAACUCCUUCACAAAGCCGACCCUGAUCGACACAAAACUCCUUCACAAAGUCGACCAAGAUCGGCACCAAACUCCUUCACAAAACCGACCAAGAUCGACACCAAACUCCUUCACAAAGCCGACCAAGAUCGUAAACAACAGAAAGACUCCACUUUAACCAACUCGGGAUCAUCUGUAUCUGAUACACAGAGUAAACAACAGAAAGACUCCACUUUAACCAACUCGGGAUCAUCUGUACCUGAUACACAGAGUAAACAACAGAAAGACUCCACUUUAACCAACUCGGGAUCAUCUGUACCUGAUACACAGAGUAAACAACAGAAAGACUCCACUUUAACCAACUCGGGAUCAUCUGUACCUGAUACACAGAGUAAACAACAGAAAGACUUCACUUUAACCAACCCGGGAUCAUCUGUACCUGAUACACAGAGUAAACAACAGAAAGACUUCACUUUAACCAACUCGGGAUCAUCUGUACCUGAUACACAGAGUAAACAACAGAAAGACUCCACUUUAACCAACCCGGGAUCAUCUAGUAAACAACAGAAAGACUCCACUUUAACCAACUCGGGAUCAUCUGUACCUGAUACACAGAGUAAACAACAGAAAGACUCCACUUUAACCAACUCGGGAUCAUCUGUACCUGAUACACAGAGUAAACAACAGAAAGACUCCACUUUAACCAACCCGGGAUCAUCUGUACCUGAUACACAGAGUAAACAACAGAAAGACUCCACUUUAACCAACUCGGGAUCAUCUGUACCUGAUACACAGAGUAAACAACAGAAAGACUCCACUUUAACCAACUCAGGAUCAUCUUUACAUAAUACACAGAGUAAACAACAGAAAGACUCCACUUUAACCAACUCGGGAUCAUCUGUACCUGAUACACAGAGUAAACAACAGAAAGACUCCACUUUAACCAACCCGGGAUCAUCUGUACCUGAUACACAGAGUAAACAACAGAAAGACUCCACUUUAACCAACCCGGGAUCAUCUGUACCUGAUACACAGAGUAAACAACAGAAAGACUCCACUUUAACCAACUCGGGAUCAUCUGUACCUGAUACACAGAGUAAACAACAGAAAGACUCCACUUUAACCAACUCGGGAUCAUCUGUACCUGAUACACAGAGUAAACAACAGAAAGACUCCACUUUAACCAACUCGGGAUCAUCUGUACCUGAUACACAGAGUAAACAACAGAAAGACUCCACUUUAACCAACUCGGGAUCAUCUGUACCUGAUACACAGAGUAAACAACAGAAAGACUCCACUUUAACCAACUCGGGAUCAUCUGUACCUGAUACACAGAGUAAACAACAGAAAGACUCCACUUUAACCAACCCGGGAUCAUCUGUACCUGAUACACAGAGUAAACAACAGAAAGACUCCACUUUAACCAACCCGGGAUCAUCUUUACAUAAUACACAGAGUAAACUACAGAAAGCUUUCACUUUAACCAACUCGGGAUCAUCUGUACCUGAUACACAGAGUAAACAACAGAAAGACUCCACUUUAACCAACCCGGGAUCAUCUGUACCUGAUACACAGAGUAAACAACAGAAAGACUCCACUUUAACCAACUCGGGAUCAUCUGUACCUGAUACACAGAGUAAACAACAGAAAGACUCCACUUUAACCAACCCGGGAUCAUCUGUACCUGAUACACAGAGUAAACAACAGAAAGACUCCACUUUAACCAACCCGGGAUCAUCUGUAUCUGAUACACAGAUUAAACAACAGAAAGACCCCACUUUAACCAACCCGGGAUCAUCUGAACCUUAUACACACAGUAAACAACAGAAAGACUCUAAAGAUAAACUACAGAAAGAUGAAGAGUGUGAAAAACUGCAGAAAGAUGAGUGUGUGAUCAAGUACAGAAAGACGAGUGAGUGUGAUCAACUGAAGAAAGAUCAGAGUGUGAUAAACAACAGAAAAAUGAGUGAGUGUGAUCAACUACAGAAAGAUGAAUCAAUAUCAUCAACUACAGAAAGAUGA